AUGAACGGGCUUCAACUUCAACAACAAAUAACUAAUGGGUUUAAUAUUCCCGUUGUUCUUAUAUCAGACGAUAAAUCAGAGUGUGGAAUUAUACAAGGAUUUGAGAGUGGUGCUGUUUUUUUAAUGGUGAAGCCCAUAUCACAAAAUGAUGUACAUGAGUUAUGGCAAUAUGCAAUCAUGCAAAGGAAGAAGAAGAAGAAUAGAGGCAAACAAGGUAUUGUUCAAGAAAAUACUAAUGAAGAAAUUGUUGCUGAAAAUUUAAUAACACCACCAAAGAAGACUAGGCUUGUUUGGACAGAGUACCUUCACAACAAAUUCUUGGAAGCCAUUACAAUACUUGGUUUGAAGAGAGCUCAUCCGAAGAGAAUUUUAGAACUUAUGAACAUCCCUGAAUUGACUAGAGAAAAUGUGGCCAGUCACUUGCAGAAAUAUCGUCUUUACUUGAAAAAAGUCACUGCUCCAAUUGAUACUAGUCGAAAGCCGAUAUCUAAAUCAAGGAUUGGUAAUGCAAGGAAAGCAAUUCAGCUCGCUGCAACCUCAACUCAACAACUUAUGACAGAAAAUUCAAACUCUGUGACUGCUCAUAAUGAUGAGCUUGUUGCUCCUUUUCAGCGCGAUCCAAAGGAUAAGAUAUUCACGGACAUGUUGAGUUAUCAUCUGAGUCGAGAGUAUCGUGACAGGAUAAAUAAUUUUUAUUCUAUUAUGAAUUCAAAUAUGCAGAUAACAAAUGCUUCCAACAAUGUUCAAUCUUCUAUCAUGGAAAACAAUAAUAUAGAAGAGGGGACAAAUCUUAGCUUCGUUGAUGGCAACAAUCAAUACCAACAAGCUUAUUUUCCAUGGGUUGAUCACACAUUAGAUCAGACGCAGGUAACGAGGAUCGAUACCCAGCGCACUGGUGAUCAAGUUGAGCACUCCAGAGUCAAUUGGAAGAACAUUACGGAGAUAUUGAUUAAUGCAAAAGAAAAAUCACCUCAUCCUGAUAUAUAA